AUGGCAGAUGACUGGACGAAGUCAGCGAUGAGAGACGGAGAAGUUGUGGCGGAGCUUUUGGUGAGGCUUAAAGAAGCCAAAGUCAAAGUGAUUACGCCUCUUAAUCGGACUGUAACGUCGCUCCGGUGGGGAAUCCGGCAGCCUCGUUCUCGAUCUUCGAGAAAAGAAGCUGAAGACUCGACAUGUAGUCCAAGUACUCCUCUCUCUUGGAGCGGCGGUUGCGGUGGCUCUUCUUCUUCUCCGUCUGCUUACGUCGACGGUUACGAAGCCACCAGUCGCCGAAUCAGCGGCUCAUUUUCCGUCGGAUCUAGAUCCAAGGUUCUUGUAACCUCUGACUUGGAUUUUCAUGUCAAGAGAUUGCAAAGGAAAAAGGACAUUGCAUCACUUAGAUCAGCAUUCAGUGAGCAAGGCAUCGAGGACAAGAACUUGAAGAGAAGGAAGAUGGAUUCCAAGAUUCAUAUCCAGAAUGAGAAUUGCAAGGCGGAUGGCAAUUUCCUGCUACCUGAUUUGAACAUAAUGCCAUGUGAGGAAAAUGUUGACAACUACUCGUAUUUGGGUGGUGUGGAAACAACAAUAUAUGAGAUGAGAAUACUGAGCGCGCACAGGAGCUCGAAAAGGCAAAAGAGAGAUCUUUCUGCUUAG